AUGGGUGAAGAAAACGUGAGAAAAAGAAAGGGAAAGACUAACAGGGAAAGAGAUGAACAAUCCAUCCAAAGUAAAGAGUCCAAAACUAUGAAUCUACAGAAAGAGGUGGGCCUGAUCAGUGGGAUCUGCGUUAUUGUUGGUACAGUUAUUGGCUCAGGCAUCUUUAUUUCUCCAAAGUCGGUACUUGCCAAUGUUGGAGCUGUGGGGCCUUGUUUAGUCAUCUGGGCAGCCUGCGGAAUUCUUUCUACAUUAGGUGCGCUAUGUUAUGCUGAGCUAGGCACAAUGAUCGCAAAAUCAGGGGGAGAAUAUCCUUACCUUAUGGAAGCAUUUGGUCCUAUUCCAGCAUAUUUGUUUUCCUGGACUAGUUUAUUGGUCAUCAAACCCAGUUCAUUUGCUAUCAUUUGUCUCAGCUUUGCAGAAUAUGCUUCAGCUCCUUUUUAUCCAGGCUGUGAUCCACCCGUAGUAGUCAUUAAGUGUCUUGCAGCAGCUGCCAUUGUGAUUAUUACCACAGUGAAUUCACUGAGUGUGAAGUUGGGGAGCUAUGUUCAGAAUUUUUUCACUGCUGCUAAAAUGAUCAUUGUCAUAAUCAUUAUUGUAAGUGGAAUUGUUCUCCUUGCACAAGGAAAAACAGAAAAUUUUAAAAACUCUUUCAAUGAUGCUAAAAUUUCUGCUGGUUCUAUCAGUUUGGCAUUUUAUAAUGGACUCUGGGCCUAUGAUGGAUGGAAUCAACUCAAUUACAUUACAGAAGAACUUAAAAAUCCUUACAGAAAUCUACCACUUUCUAUAAUCAUUGGAAUCCCAUUGGUUUCAGUUUGCUAUGUUCUGAUUAAUAUUUCAUAUUUCACAAUAAUGACUUCAACAGAACUUCUGCAGUCCCAGGCGGUCGCUGUGACAUUUGGUGAUCGGGUCCUUUAUCCAGCUUCUUGGAUAGUUCCUCUCUUUGUGGCCUUUUCUACAAUUGGAGCAGCCAAUGGGACCUGUUUUACUGCUGGCAGACUUGUUUAUGUAGCAGGUCGUGAAGGGCACAUGCUAAAGGUGCUGUCUUACAUUAGUGUUAAACGUUUCACCCCAGCACCUGCUAUCAUAUUUUAUGGUGCCAUUGCUAUUAUUUAUAUCAUCCCUGGAGACAUUAAUACACUCAUAAACUACUUUAGUUUUGCCGUCUGGAUAUUUUAUGGUUUGACUGUAUUUGCACUCAUAGUUAUGAGAUUUACAAGAAAAGAGCUCAAAAGACCAAUCAAGAUACCUAUCGUCAUUCCCAUCCUAGUGACAAUAGUCUCCAUUUUACUAGUUUUGGCGCCAAUCAUCAGUGAACCUGAAUGGGCAUAUCUCUACUGUGUUUUAUUUAUGCUUGGAGGACUUAUAUUUUAUGUCCUUUUCAUUCAUUUUAAAUUCAACUGGGCUCAAAAAAUAUCAAGGCCCAUCACCAUGUACCUUCAGAUGCUUCUAGAAGUUGUUCCACCAGAGAAAGUUCCUGAAUAA